AUUUCAAUGUUCCACUCGACCUUCACCUUUCAUGGUACGCACUUGAAAUACACAUCAGUCUGUAAAGCAAGAUUUUAACAUAUUGAUUUAUAAUAUUACGUGCAUACUUAAUUUUUGAAUUUUUACCCAUUUUCACAAUUAACUUUUAACUACAUACAUUAAUAUGUCUCCAACUUCCAUAACGAAUCAAGAUAAAGAAACAAUACUUUAUACAAUUCCCAACCUCCCCAUGAAGAAGAGGAAGAGAAUGCGAACGGAAUCAGGAGACCCGUUGAUGCAGAAAUACAGCAAUGCAUGUCCACCUGGAGAAUUGGUCACGAAGGUGAAACGCAUGACUCGAGCUGAGUUGGAAGACUUCGUAAUGGCGAAAAUUGUGCAAAUUUUACUCUAUGAGACUGAAGAGGGCAAGUUCAAGAGGAAAAUAAUGGAACUUGAAAAUCAUAAGGAAAUGCUCAAAAGUAGAGUUGAUACGCUCAACAAGCAGAUUAUCGAAAAUGGGAGAAGCGAUCAGUCUCCUCCUGCAAAAAUCAGAGGCUGUCCAAUCCAUGCAAAACUUGUCCAGACCAAUCAAACUCUGCAGAAAUGUGGGCCUACAAAUCGACAUGUCUAAUACCUGGAAUAAUUGUAAACCAUCCCCUCCGGCUGAACAUAAAACUCAAUUAACACAGACCGAUAAAUUAUCAGUAUCCGACAUGCAUACCCAAACCGAUGCAAUGGAUUCUAGCCGAUCUGAGAGCGAGGACGCCUUGCGAAUAUCGCAAAUGGUGCCUGCCGAUAAGGUUGGAUCACAUGACUUGAUAGACAAUUUAACUCAUAACGCCUCAACUAAAACUAAACCUUCCAUUCGGAAGGGUACCGUAAAACGAAGCUUGGAGCAGAAAAGUGUAUCAGAGUUUAGGAAUACACUCACUAAUUGCUCUAUUGAACCUCUCCAUAAAAUGAGACCAUCGUUCCAAACCAAACCUGAAAAUCUAAGUCCAUGCAAGACAAUCGUCCCCGAUAAGAUUGCUUACAAAUUGACAUCAUCCUCAAAAAUCACUGGAAUUUCAUCAUCUCAAAAGAAACCACCACUUCAGCCGACCUUAUCACUGGGGUCAAACGAUUCCGGGGAAAUAAUUUUAUCUUGGGAAACUGCACAAUCACGUGACCAAGCUAAGAUAGCAUUUUAUGAAAUUUACUUCUUGGCCAUGUCCCCCAUGGGGAAGCCGGAGUGGAGGAUAAUUUCAAAAAUCAAGGCAAACACUAACUUCGGACUGACAACUUGCACGUUAACAACGUUCGAGAGGGGAAAACGAUACGUUUUUGUAGUUUGUCAGAUCGAUGUUGAUGGACGGGCUGGACCAUUUUCUGAACCUCGAAGCAUCAUGAUUUCAAAAUUCUAAUUUUUUGUUCAUCUAGUGUUUCGUAUUUUAUUUUAUCUUAAGAAACUUCCUAAGAAUUGCAGGAAUCGAAGAAAUCAACUUUUUGAAUAAACUUUACAAAUAUUUUUAUAAUCAAUCAUUCUUUCGAGUAUUACAUGUAAAAUUAUCAGAAGUAACUUUACCCUGUUCAUUUAUUGUUAUGAUCAUAUUAAUUAAGCAAAUAAAAUUCAUACCAAAAAUUUA